AGGUGGAUGACAAACAAGCCAUACCCACUAAAGCAAAAACAGUGUACUAUGUUUCCCAAACAGAAACGUUCUUUGAUUUUUUCUUUAACCAAUCAGUCUUCACCUUUUCAUAAAAUCCUUUAUCUGUCUCUCAUUUGGUUGGAGUAAUUUAAAAUUAUCAUUAUCAAUGGAAGGGGUUUUAGAGGAACCUAUGCCACCGGACGAUCUAAGAUGCAAGAAAUCCGACGGCCGUGAUUGGCGUUGCAAACGCCGAAUUGUUGAUGGUAACUCCUUCUGCCUUUCUCACCUCCGCCGUACCCUAAAAUGCCGUCCUACUCCUGCUCCCAACCCUAAACCCGAAUCCACAUCUAAACCCAGACUCAAACCGGAACCUGAGUCUGAACCCAUUAGUGGAUUUGAGUUCAACCCAUUACCAGAAUGUGAAUUUAUCAAUGAAAUUGAGUUUAACUCACUACCAGAACGUGAACCCAGCAAGGAAUUUGAGUUCAACCCACUACCAGAACGUGAACCCAGCAAGGAAUUUGAGUACAACCCACUACCAGAAUCUGAACCCAUUAAUGAAUUUGAGUUUAGUCCAUUGCAAAAACCGUUUUUUCCUCCGGUGGGUACAGUACCGGACCAUUUACGGUGUAAUAGGAAUGACGGGAGGAAAUGGCGGUGCAAGAAGCAAGCUUUGGAAGGGCAAACUAUGUGUGAAAUUCAUAUUAAUAGGGUCAAAGCCCAAAGUAAAAGAUGGCCCAGGCCCAUCGUGAGGAAGAAGAAGGAGCAGGUGAUUAUUUCUCCGGUAGGGGAGAAUAUCCGGUGUGUGAGGAAUAAUGGGAAGGUUUUGAGGUGCAAGAAUAAUGUAGUAGAAGGAUUUUCUCCAUGUGAGAAUCACAUGAAAAAAAAUUAUAGUAAUAGUAAUAGAAAGAAUGGAUUUGAGAAGGAAAAUGUGCAUGUAGUGGAAGAAGAAUCUCCGGUGGCGGUGCCGGGGAAAAAACAUAAGAGAAAGAAAAACAAUAAUAAUGGGGUGGAGGCCGUGGCUGUGGUGGUGGCGGCGGAUGAAUUGAGGUGUAAGAGAACUGAUGGAAGAGAAUGGAGGUGUAAAAGGAGAGUAUUAGAAGGAAAAACAUUAUGUGAGAUACAUUAUGAACAAGCGAAAUUAAGGCAAAAGAGGAUAACAGUUCCUGAAGAAUUGAAAAUUCAGAGAGGUGAAGGAAGUGAAAAAGUAGAGAAAAGAUUGAAAAGGAAAAAGGAGAUUGAGGCUUUGGAGAGUAAUUCUGAUAAAGGGAUGAAGAAAAUGAGGGCAGAUUUGAUUAGGGUUUUCUUAAGGAGAGCAUUAAUUGAGAGUACAAAAAAGAGUGAAAAACAAAUCAGGGUUCAUUUAGGGGAAAUCACUAGGGAUUUGCCUUAUGGUUCUAUGGCUAUCCCUCCUGUUCUUCCUAAUCAAGUUCUUUAUAAUGCUGCUGGGUGUUUAGGGAUCAAAAUCGGGGGACAUUGUUCGAGUUCUUUGGUUACAAGGCGGUUCCGGUCCAAGAACAUUGAGCCUCCUCUUAUUGGAGCGGUAAAGAUUGUGCCUUUCCCUGGAAAGAGUGGAAAAAAGAAAUGCCAUUGGUGUAGGAAGUUUGAUUAUUUGAGUUUGAUCGAGUGUUCGAGUUGCAAAAAGCGGUAUUUUUGUUCUAAUUGCAUUAAUGGGAGGUCUGCUGAUCUUGAAGAAAUUAAAUUGAGAUGCCCCGUUUGUCGUAGAAGUUGUGAUUGCAAAACCUGUUACACUACUCGUUCAAAAAACGCGGGUUCAAAGGAGGCCUUGAAGGAAACUUUUAAAAGAAGCAGGUUUGAGCACUUACAGUACCUGAUUAGUUUCCUUCUGCCUAUUCUUGUAAAAAUCAACCAGGAUCAGGGCGUUGAGUUAGAGAUAGAGGCAAAUUUUAAAGGGCAGAAUCCCGCUGAUGUUGAGAUUCGACAAGCUGGUGUCGGCUACCGGGAUCAGUGCUGCUGUAAUAAUUGCAAAAUCCCAAUACUCGAUUUUCACCGAAGCUGCCCAAAUUGUUCAUACAACCUUUGCUUAAGUUGCUGUCGAGAAUAUGCCCAAGGUGGUGGGUCUCUUGGAGUUGCUCAUCCUGAUGGAACUGAAACACUUUUACCAUGUCGGAAGAAUGUGGAUGGCGCUUCUUCCGUGCCUUUACAAGGCUCAACUUCAUCUCUUCAUAUAUCAUGUCCACCGAUGGAGCUAGGCGGUUGUGAUAAUAGCCUCCUUGAUUUGAGAUGUAUUUUCCCGCUAAAUUGGACCAAGGAACUGGAAAUUAGUGCGGCAGAGACAGUUUUUGAACACGACUUUCUGCAUUUUACAGAUGAUUCUGUGCAUUGUUCGAUGUGCACCAACUUCAUUAAGGCGGGUGUUAAAAGUAAUGAUUUGCAGGAAGUUUCUAGACGGAAAGAUUUCAAUGACAACUUUCUCUACUGCCCUAGCAGUUCUGAUGAUCCUGACUGCUUGCUUGCUCACUUUCAGAAACAUUGGCUAAAGGGACAUCCUGUGAAGGUUUGCAAUGUGCUUCAAUGUACAUUUGCCUUGAGUUGGGACCCACUACAUAUGUUUUGCAGUUUUCUAGAAAACGACUUUAGUAAAUGUGAAAACCGAGAAGAUGCAAUCGAAGCUGCAAGUUGUUUUGGCUCGUAUGAUGUUGAAAUCGGUACUAAGGAGUCAUUUACUGGAUCGAUAGAUGGCUAUAUGAAUGCAUGCCAUGAAACACUUAGACUUAACGCAAAAAUGCCCGCGGCUUUUUCUCAAAAACUCUUGGAAGGACAUUGUAGCGAGAUUAUUCAUUCCUUACCUCUCCAAGAAUACACAAAUCCGAAAAUGGGCCUCCUGAAUAUUGCCGGGAAGCUUCCAGAGGAUUUUCCGGCAUCUAAACUUGGUCCACAUGUAUGUAUCUCAUGUGGUAGUAGGGAUGAAGUUGCACGGGGUGGAUUGGUGACUAGAUUGUGCUGCAACUCUUUCGAUGAGUUCUCCUUUCAGGUAAAUGUCUUAAUACAUGUAGCUGAUACAGCACUUUCCUCGGAACAGCUCAAUGAGAUGAUGAAGUUGAUAAAACAGACUAGCAAUCAGAAGGAUCAGGGUGAUCGAGUUUCUAAUAAAAAUCUCGAAGAUGAUGAUACAAGACUACAUAGUGAUAUCUCAGUCGAAGCUGGAGAUAGGCAUUGGAUAGCGGAUGCUUCUUGUUGCUCAGCGGGCACUGUCGAUGCUCCUAUUGCCAAUAAUCACAGAGAAAAUAAAUCUUCAGCCGCUAAGUUAGCUAACGGUUCUGAUACCAACUCUGAUGAUUCAAUGAUUUGCUCCGAGGCUAGUUAUUGUCCUGAUAAAACUGUUGAUCAAAUUCCGCAACAGGACCAUUUGGAGGGUCUCAAUGUUGAUGACAAACAAUCGCUUCCAGAGUCCUGCGGGGCUCAAUGGGAUGUCUUCCGUCGACAAGACAUCCCGAAACUCCUCGAUUACAUGACAAAGCAUGUAGAUGAAAUAAGUUCAAGAGAUGGGCUUUCAAACGACGUUGUGCAUCCAAUACUCGAUGGAAAUUUCUACCUAGACACAGUUCAUAAAAAGCAACUCAAACAGGAGUUUGAGAUUGAACCGUGGACAUUCAAUCAAUGCCUUGGAGAAGCUGUGUUUAUUCCUGCAGGAUGUCCUUAUCAAAUAAAAUACAUCAAGUCUUGUAUAAAUAUAUCUGCGGGGUUCAUCUCACCUGAAAACGCAUCAGAAUGCAUCAAGUUGAUCAAUGAAAUCCGUGUUCUCCCUAACGAUCACAAGGCCAAACAACUCAAGUUAGAGGUGGAAAAGAUGACGAUAUGGAGCGUAGACGAAGCAAUCAAAGAAAUAUACAGAAUGCGGAGCGAAGAAGGAAGUCGCUGAUAUUGAUAGCGAUAAAAGAUUGAAAUUGGGUGGGGAAGCAAGAGAAAGAGAAUUUCGUGAUCUCGUUUUGCCUGCCAUUUGUGCAGUAGGAAUUUGUAAAUUUUUUUUGAUGAGAAAAGUGGGCUACAUUAUAUUAUUGAUGAUGCUUGAAAAAAACAAAGUCGCUAAUCCAUGUCUCAUUUUACA